AUGUCAAGGCAAGCCCCAUUGGUGAUCGACAAUGGUACGGGUUAUACCAAGAUGGGCUUCGCAGGUAACUCUGAACCAUCCUUCGUGUUCCCAACCGUCAUCGCUACUCAUCAAUCAGCUUCAUCCGGAUCAUCAAACACGUCGGGUGGUUCAGGUGCAAGGGCACCGCCUCCCAUAGCUGGAAAACCAAGUCAUCUGGCGAGUAAGAGGGGAAUAGAGGAUUUGGAUUUCUUCAUUGGUGAUGAGGCUGUUGCCAACUCAAAGACGUACUCCCUCCACUACCCUAUCCGACACGGUCAGAUCGAGAACUGGGAUCACAUGGAGAGAUUCUGGGAGCAAUGUAUCUUCAAAUACCUAAGAGCUGAACCAGAGGAUCACUAUGUUUUACUCACCGAACCUCCUCUUAACCCACCUGAAAACAGAGAGAACACCGCCGAGAUCAUGUUCGAAUCUUUCAACGUACAGGGAUUGUACAUCGCCGUACAAGCCGUGCUCGCCCUCGCUGCUUCAUGGACUUCUUCAAAAGUCAAUGAACGAACUUUGACUGGUGUUGUGAUUGAUUCUGGAGACGGUGUUACUCAUACAAUCCCUGUCGCUGAGGGUUAUGUCAUCGGAUCAUCCAUCAAACACAUCCCUAUCGCCGGUCGAGAUAUCACUUAUUUCGUUCAACAAUUGCUGCGUGAUAGAGGUGAAAGUGCACAGAUCCCACCAGAGGAUCAACUGAGAGUUGCCGAGAAGAUCAAGGAGGACUACACUUAUGUCUGUCAAGAUAUCGUCAAAGAGUUCAAGAAGUACGACGCGGACCCUUAUAGAUACUUUGCUAGAUUCGCUGGAGAACACAGUGUGACUGGACGAAAAUACGACCUUGACGUAGGAUACGAGCGAUUCCUUGCCCCUGAGAUCUUCUUCAACCCAGAAAUCUAUUCCUCCGAUUUCCUCACUCCUCUCCCUGAAGUAGUAGACACCGUCAUUCAAACCUCUCCCAUCGAUGUGAGAAGAGGAUUGUACAAGAAUAUAGUGUUGAGUGGAGGUUCAACCAUGUUCAAGGAUUUCGGUAAGAGGUUGCAACGGGAUGUCAAAGCUAUUGUGGAUGGUAGAAUCGCUGGAAGUGAGGAAAGAUCGGGAAGUCAUAUGAAGUCAAGCGGUGUAGAAGUCAACGUCAUCUCCCACAAACGACAGAGAUACGCUGUAUGGUAUGGAGGUAGUUUGAUGGCUUCUACUCCGGAAUUCUACAAUGUCUCUCACUCUCGAGUAGAUUACGAAGAAUAUGGACCAUCGCUCGUCCGUAGGUUCUCAGUGUUUGGUAGUGCGGUAUAG